AUUUUGUCUUCACUAUUAACAAAUCCUCUCCCGUGUGCGCACGUACCGAUUUUUCGAAAACAGAGCAAGCUACAAGUCAACUGCAAAGAUGAGACUUCUGUUUUUAUUCUUCUUUGCGUCUAUCGGUAUUCCCGCACCAUUUUGCGAUGGAGGCAAGGGAAAAAUCAGCAGGGGAAGACGAGUACACUCCAUAUCACCGCCGUGGCACGUCGGGUUAUACAAGGUCGCUAAACGUCACAAGCAGAUAUGCGGUGGUAGUAUUGUUACUACAAACGCGGUCUUAACAGCCGCGCAUUGCUUCUCCCAAGGCAGGGAUAUGCCCUCUCCGACCGACUACGCAGUGGCUGCUGGCAAGCUAUAUCGAGGGUGGAACAAUUGUCGUGAUACAACAGCGCAGAAGUCUCAGGUAAAGGAAAUAAAGGUUCCUCCACAUUACCAAGGAAUCGUGGCGAACUUCCAAGACGACAUCGCAGUUGUUUUCCUUGUCAAGCCCUUUAACUUCAGUUCGACUGUGGCGCCGGCGGGUCUAAGUUUUGACCCUGAUUUUGACAAAGAACAGCUGAAAGAAGGAGAAUGGGGCAAGGUCGUCGGCUGGGGUCUGACGGACGAGAACUCACCGCCGUCAGAAAUGCUCCAAGAGGCCUCUCUACCUUACAUACCCAUCGAGAAGUGCAUAGACGAGAGCCCCGUGAGCUUCAGGAGCAGCAUCACCGGGGACAAGAUCUGCGCCGGAUAUACCAAUGGCACGGCGGUGUGUCGCGGCGACAGCGGCGGCGGGCUGGUCUUCUUCAGUGCGGUAAAGGACCAUGAAGACUACCAUCGAAUCACAAUCCUCCGCGGCAUUGUUUCCACGUCUCCCACCUCAAACAACGAGUGCAACAUCUACACCUGGGCUACCUUCACCCACCUGCUCAAACACGAACACUUUCUGAAGUCCGUAUUGCCUGAUCUAGUAGAGGAGUCAAUAAUGCCAAAAAUACUAAUAAAGUAUGGCGUCGAUGACUCAAUACAAGGAGAGCAUUACGAGAAAUCAUUACAAGCAGAAAAUUGUAAUUGUGUAUGUCCUACCCCCAAUUGCUAGGAUAUGGAGACUUGAUCAAACAGCUUUUUGUAUUCUGCUCCCAAAUAUAACAAUAAUAUUAGAUUUUUUUAUAUAUUAAACAUGAUAAUUUCGCUAAUCCUUACUCCCAAGGGAAGUUCCAAUAAAAACAUAGUUUGUAAAGCGACUAACUGUGU